AUGACCAUGGAAUCUGGAGCAGAGAACCAGCAGAGUGGAGAUGCAGCCGUUACAGAGGCAGAAACCCAACAGAUGACAGUACAGGCACAACCACAGAUUGCAACGUUAGCCCAGGUAUCUAUGCCAGCAGCUCACGCAACGUCUUCAGCGCCCACAGUGACCUUAGUUCAGCUGCCCAAUGGGCAGACAGUUCAAGUGCAUGGAGUAAUUCAGGCUGCCCAGCCGUCAGUUAUUCAGUCUCCACAGGUCCAGACAGUUCAGGUACUGACUGAGGAAAUUCCUAAUAUUUUUAGUCUAUCGGAGAUCUCCACUAUAGCAGAAAGUGAAGAUUCACAGGAAUCGGUAGACAGUGUCACAGACUCACAGAAACGAAGAGAAAUUCUUUCCAGACGACCCUCCUACAGAAAAAUUUUGAAUGACUUGUCCUCAGACGCCCCAGGAGUGCCAAGGAUCGAAGAAGAAAAGUCUGAAGAGGAAACAGCAGCACCUGCCAUCGCCACUGUUACGGUGCCAACUCCCAUUUACCAAACCAGCAGUGGGCAGUACAUUGCUAUUACCCAAGGAGGAGCAAUACAAUUGUCUAACAAUGGCACAGAUGGAGUACAAGGUCUCCAGACAUUGACUAUGACCAAUGCAGCUGCAACCCAACCUGGCACCACCAUUUUACAAUAUGCACAGACCACAGAUGGACAACAGAUACUUGUACCCAGCAACCAAGUUGUUGUACAAGCUGCCUCAGGAGAUGUGCAGACGUACCAGAUUCGCACUGCCCCUACCAGCACCAUUGCACCAGGUGUAGUCAUGGCAUCCUCUCCAGCACUUCCAACCCAGCCUGCAGAAGAAGCUGCACGGAAGAGGGAAGUGCGUCUAAUGAAGAACAGAGAAGCCGCACGUGAAUGUCGCAGGAAGAAAAAGGAGUAUGUGAAAUGUCUAGAAAAUCGAGUGGCUGUGCUUGAAAACCAAAACAAGACACUGAUUGAGGAGUUGAAAGCACUUAAGGACCUUUAUUGCCACAAAUCAGAUUAAUUUUGGAUUCCCAUUUUCACUUGUCCAGGUGGGCUAGAGACUGGUUCUGGCUAUACCCAGAAAGACAAAGCAAACUUUUUAUUUUCUAAACAUUUCUUUUUUUCUAUGCGCAAAACUGCCUGAAGCAACUACAGAAUAUACUUCAUCUGUGCUUUGCAUCAAACUGUGAAUGUUCAAGUACUUGCCUCCACUUCUCCCCCUACAAGAUUAUUUUCAUCAGUCUCGGCGUGAAGAAGAAGAACAGGCUUCUUUUUCAUCUCCCCAUCCUCUUCAAGGAGGAACAGUGGUCACUUGGGAAGUUACUGUGGGGAGGGUCCUUUUGUAAUGAUUUCAAGAACUUGUGCUGAGCUCUUUCCAUUGCCUUAGAGACAGAACCACCCCAGCCUCUUGGUCCAGAGAACAGUGGGCCACAUACAUGGAGCAUGCAUGGUGCAAUGAAGAAGCAAUGGUUGCCAAAUUGGUUUCACAUUAUGAACUAUAAAAAUACAUGGCUAAGCGGCAUGCCAAAUGAAAGGCACUUCACAGUCACGUUCUUGGUAUGGAGAUUAUAUACCUUUUUCAAACUAGCCCAGGAGGGUUUUCGAUUUGUAAUCUGUAUUAAGCCCUCCUGGACUAGUAAAAACUUCUCCAUACCUCAGAAAGAAAUGCAUUGAAAUGAGCUUCGCUGAUCGGUUGUUGCUUCUCGAAGCUUAUGUGUGCAAGUGUGUUCAGCAUACUGAAUGCACAAAAAGCAAACAGCAACUUCAUAUGAUAUUGGUUGGGAAAUUAUAU